AUGGCAUGUUUUACAGCAUGUUUAACAGUGGCAUGUUUUACAAUGGCAUGUUUUACAGCAUGUUUAACAGUGGCAUGUUUUACAGCAUGUUUAACAGUGGCAUGUUUUACAGCAUGUUUAACAGUGGCAUGUUUUACAGCAUGUUUAACAAUGGCAUGUUUUACAACGGCAUGUUUAACAAUGGAAUGUUUUACAACGGCAUGUUUUACAGCAUGUUUAACAGUGGCAUGUUUUACAGCAUGUUUAACAGUGGCAUGUUUUACAAUGGCAUGUUUUACAGCAUGUUUAACAGUGGCAUGUUUUACAGCAUGUUUAACAGUGGCAUGUUUUACAGCAUGUUUAACAGUGGCAUGUUUUACAGCAUGUUUAACAGUGGCAUGUUUUACAAUGGCAUGUUUUACAGCAUGUUUAACAGUGGCAUGUUUUACAAUGGCAUGUUUAACAGUGGAAUGUUUAACAGUGGAAUGUUUUACAGUGGCAUGUUUUACAAUGGCAUGUUUUACAGCAUGUUUAACAGUGGAAUGUUUUACAAUGGCAUGUUUUACAGCAUGUUUAACAGUGGCAUGUUUUACAGCAUGUUUAACAGUGGAAUGUUUUACAGUGGCAUGUUUUACAAUGGCAUGUUUUACAGUGGAAUGUUUUACAGUGGCAUGUUUUACAGUGGCAUGUUUUACAAUGGCAUGUUUUACAAUGGCAUGUUUUACAAUGGCAUGUUUUACAAUGGCAUGUUUUACAGCAUGUUUUACAAUGGCAUGUUUUACAGCAUGUUUAACAGUGGCAUGUUUUACAGCAUGUUUAACAGUGGAAUGUUUUACAGCAUGUUUAACGGUGGAAUGUUUUACAAUGGCAUGUUUUACAGCAUGUUUAACAGUGGAAUGUUUUACAGCAUGUUUAACAAUGGCAUGUUUUACAGCAUGUUUAACAAUGGCAUGUUUUACAGCAUGUUUAACAGUGGAAUGUUUUACAGCAUGUUUAACAGUGGCAUGUUUUACAGCAUGUUUAACAGUGGCAUGUUUUACAGCAUGUUUAACAGUGGCAUGUUUUACAGCAUGUUUAACAGUGGCAUGUUUAACAGUGGCAUGUUUUACAGUGGCAUGUUUUACAGUGGCAUGUUUUACAGCAUGUUUAACAGUGGAAUGUUUUACAAUGGCAUGUUUUACAGCAUGUUUAACAGUGGAAUGUUUUACAGCAUGUUUAACAGUGGCAUGUUUUACAGCAUGUUUAACAGUGGCAUGUUUUACAGCAUGUUUAACAGUGGAAUGUUUUACAAUGGCAUGUUUUACAGCAUGUUUAACAGUGGCAUGUUUUACAGCAUGUUUAACAGUGGAAUGUUUUACAAUGGCAUGUUUUACAGCAUGUUUAACAGUGGCAUGUUUUACAGCAUGUUUUACAAUGGCAUGUUUUACAGCAUGUUUUACAGUGACAUGUUUAGGGUUAACAUGUUUUACAACGGCAUGUUUUACAACGGCAUGUUUUACAAAUCAACAACUGAACCACAUAGUUCUUCGCCCAACCAUGAUAGAACACACCUUGGUGCAAAACGAUGCUAUUGGUGUCCCCCAUGAACAUGACAAUCCUCUUCACCAUCCUUUUAAAUUAAGUCUUUAA